AUGGCACCCAGCAUUCAGCCCUGUCCUCCAGCGGAGCUGGACACCCCUGGCCUAAAGGCGCUGAGGAGGGAGGCUGGCCACACACCCCCAGUGCUGGAGAAGAUCCCAGCUGUCGGUGCAGAAGUACCGGCAGCCCUCGGGAACACAAUCACACCUCCGAAGAGGGGGCACGCUGCCGCCGGAGCCAUUGUACCGAGCGCCGAGCCAGCAGCCCCUCGGCCGUCCGCCGGGCGGCCGAACCCCACCCUCCGCGCGUCCCUGCGGGUGACCCCCGCCCCGAGCCGGGACUCGUGCGGGGUGAGCGCCUCGCACGCCAGCGCGGCCUCCCGCACGCCCGCCCCGCGCGCGGCCCGGCCAGCCCGGCUCCCGGGGAGCAGGACCCGCGGCCGGCUCCAGGCAAGGAUCGCGGGAGCCGCCGGGCCCGGGGCCAGCGGGUCCCGCCCGGCCGGCCGCGCGCUGCGGGCCGCCCCAUGGCCGCCCGGGGCCGCUCCCCGCCAAGGCGGCCUGCGGCCAGGACCCGGCCUCCUGCUACAUCCCGCUGCGCCGGCUGCAGGACCUCGCCUCCAUGAUCAGCGCCGAGUGUCUGCACGGCGCCGCCGCCGAGCCCGGGCCCGGCUCCCCGCCGCCCGCCCCCGAGCCGCCGGCCGCGGCCAGCCCGCCCCCGAGCCCGCCCCCGCCCCUGCCCCCGCCGCCCGGCCGCGGGGCCCCGGACGGCCUGGCGCGGCCCGGCGCGGCCGCGGAGGGAAGCCCCGAGGCCGGGCUGCGGAGGAGCCUCGCGGGAGCCCCCUGCCGCCCGCCGCCGCCCGAGCCGGGGGCCGGGCCGGGGCCGGGGCGGGCGGCCCGGCGGCUCGCCGGCACCACGAGCCCAUCUCGGCCCUCCUCUGCUCCCCCGCGCCGCCGGCCGAGACGCCGGGCCCGGGCGGCCGGGAGCCCGGCCUGGGGCCGCGGGCCGAGCGGGUCGAGCUGCGCCCGGUGCCCGGGCCCCCGGGGCCGACACGUGGGAGAGCGGAGCAGCCCUGCAGCGCCGCGGACGGGGCCGCCCAGGAGGAUCCCGACCCGAGCCCCGGCGGCCUGCGAAGCGCCGUGGGGACCCCGGAGCCCGCCGCGCGGAGACAGUCUAAUCGAGCCAAGAAGAAACCUGCUCCAGUGAAGUAUGACGUUGGAGAUCUAGUCUGGGCUAAGUUCAACAGACGACCGUGGUGGCCCUGCACAAUCUGUCAUGAUCCAGUGCUCGACUGUCACUCAAAAAUGAAAGUUUCCAAUCGGAGACCAUAUCGAGAGUACUACGUAGAUGCCUUAGGAGAUCCUUCUGAGAAAGCCUGGGUUGCAGGAAAAGCUAUUGUACUUUUUGAAGGCAGAUAUCAGUUUGAAGAGCUACCUGUCCUUCGGAGAAGAGGGAAGCAAAAAGAAAAAGGCUACAAGCACAAGGUUCCUCAGAGGUUUAUGGCGAAAUGGGAAGUCAGUGUUGGACAUGCGGAAGAAUUCCUUCUCAAGGGGACUGAGGAUCAAAAGUGUAGUCAGAAUCCCAGCAAGCUGAACAGUGAGGAUGUGCUGUUGGAAUCCUGCACUAAUGGCCCUGUAAUGGAACCGGACAGGCAGCUGAAUGGCUGUUUUAAAUCAUUGGCAUUUGACUCCAAACACUCAGCCAGGGAGAAGGGAAGGUCAUGCACUAAAUCACAAGUGAAAAAGAGCUCUGACAGCAGGAAAAGGACUAGAGUAAAAAAGAGCCGCACCAGACUGGAAGCAUCUAGGAGAGAAAUUGGAGGAAAGGCACCAGAGAACAUAGUUAGAAACAUGAUUGCUGGGGACCUGCCAGAUAAACAUGCAUCACACGAACUUUGCCGGAUAGCAAACAGCCUAACAGCAUCCAAUGGUGCCGUGGAAAACUACUUGCUCUCUUCUUUUGGAGAAAGACGUUUUGAAAAGACAACCUUGAAACAGGAGUAUCAGGCCCCUCAUGGUGACUCCCUACGGGACACGCUGAAAGUGGAUUUGCUUUCCAGCAGCUCUACAGAGAAACAGAAAAGCCCCGUAGGCAUUCUUUGCAGUUCCAAAUUACAGGUACACUAUUCUACAGCUGACGCUGCUAUUGAGAAAAAGCAAACUGAGUCCGAUUCGCUGACUUCCUUCUCAGAUGAUGGAACUAGUGAUCUAGAUACCGGGGACCAAAGUUCUGAAGCAGCUUGCAGCGCCCUGGAGAUCAGUGACUCUGCAGAUAAAGAAGAGAAGGAAUUCUCUACAGGGAUGAGGGGAAACAGUAAAUGUUCCAUGUAUCUCUCACAAAACAGCAGCAGAAGAGCCAGGAAAAGGUCAUCUAGAGAUCACAGACCUCCAGGUGGCAGAAGUGAUGCUGAAUCUGUGGAUGGGGAGCUCCAAGGAGCAGCCUCAGACACUGAGAUGCCUGUUAUUGCUCUAGAGUGUACUUCAGCUAUAAGAAAUGACCAUCUUUCCCUUGUAGAUAAGGACCCUACACGCCAGAGUGUUUGCCGGGAAAGCUCCCACAUUGGGAUUGCAAAUCAACUGAAUCUCCACCUGAAAAACAUCAAAGUGCCCCGGCUCAAAAGUAUAAGAAGCAAACACAAGGAGAGUGCUGCUGUGACAGAACCCCCUCUCCUAGAAGAGCAGUGUGGCAUGAAUUGCUGCUCUUCUGGCGCCAAAGGUUUCACUGGUCCUCCUGCCAAAAGUGGGAAAGUUGAUAGUCAGGAACCAUUAAAUAAUGUGCAUGAGAGAGCCAGGGAUUCUGCUGAAAUAGAGACUGCCGUGGUGAAGCAUGUCCUCUCAGAGCUGAAGGAGCUAUCCUAUAGGUCUCUUGGUGAUGAAGCUAGUGACUAUGGGGCACCUAAGACCACAGCACCCUUACUCUUCUCUUCUGCCUCUGGGCAGAGUCGUUUGCCCAUUGAGCCGGACUACAAAUUCAGCACCUUGCUAAUGAUGUUGAAAGAUAUGCAUGAUAGUAAGACAAAAGAGCAGCAGCUGAUGUCAGCUCAGAACAUGGUCCCGUAUCGAAAUGCUGGCAUGAGCAGUUCCUCUGGAAGUAACUCUGCAAGUGGCUUGAAGGCUUUGGCUGCAAAAGGAUCCACUUAUAAAUUAGAAAAAAAUGGGGAUUGUGUUCUGGAAGCAACAUGUCAGAAACCUGGUGCCAGUGAAUCCUCUCUCUCGUGCAGCGCUACAGCCAAGAUAAGUGGGAGGAGUACUAACAAAAGGGAGCCCACGGAUACUGCUCUUUCUGGUACGAAUGGCACAAAGUGCAUCUCAAGACACAACUGUUCACAAUCUAAGCAGUCAUCCAAGCUAGUAGAUAAUGCAACAUCAAUCAGAAAAGAUUUAAAACUAGAAGGGCUGAGCAAGCCUCUAAAUCAGGUCUCCAGUAAUAUAGCGGAGAAAGCAUCCCUCCCGCGCAGGGAUAUGCAGGGCUUGGUUACUAGUCUUGUUGGUAAUGAAAUAGAAGAAACUGCAAGGAAAGAGUCUCUUGAGUUCAUGGAACACUCCACGGAUGAAGACUCUGCGUGUUCAUCUGAUGAUAAUUUAGAUCGUAUCAGAAAGAGGCCUGAACCUGAUAAAAAUACUGAGAGUUGCACUUCUGCUGAAAAUGGUGAGGGCCUAGAGCUGGAUUCGGAAUUGAAUAGCGAAAGCUCCCUGGGGGAUGAGUCUCACGAUGUAGUAAACCAUGUAGCACCCAAGAAGCGAUGGCAGCGUUUUAACCAAAGCAGUGCUAGAACCAGUCGGCACGUCCAUAGAUCUAGGGAAGAAGAGAGCUCCAGGGGCGCCUUUGGGGGCCUGAAUUCUAGUGACUUUUCACUAAAGGGAAAGGAGCGCCUGGAGCACAGGCCUCCCGCCCUUUCCCCGGGGCUUGAGGGAGACCUGACAGACCAGGACUGGGAGAAUCACCUAGACUUAGUUGUGAAAAGUUUGCGUGUGUGUGAUAAGCCAGACAGUGACGGGAUGCAUUCAGAAUCAGAGCUUGGCCGUUUUGCUUCCCAGUCUGAGUUCUCUUCACGAGAUGAAAUGGUUUCUGUGGGGAAGCAGAGAGAAGCUGCACCAGUACUCGCACACCCCUCCCUGGCAGCUCAGCUGGGGAGAGCAUAUUCAGAAAAGAAACGCCUUAGAAAGCCGAGCAAACGGCUUCUGGAAUAUGCAGAAGAAUAUGAUCAGAUAUUUGCACCUAAGAAAAAAUCAAAGAAGGGCCAGGAGCAAUUGCAAAGGGUGAGUUCCCGGGAGAGGUCUGAGUUCAAGGGGGAGGAAAGGCUUCCAGCACGAUGCAGUCGUGGAAGUGAUAUCCAGAAUAUGCAGCUGGAGCAGAAUCCUGUGAUGUCAACUCCAUCUUCCUCUUCAACCAAAGAUUCUCCUCCGGUCCUUGAAGCAGAACAUUUGCUGUUAGAAGAGCCAGUAUCCCAUUCCUCUGAGCCCACUGACCUACUCAUAGAAGGACAUUCAGAUUUGCCGGAGCUGAUGUUAUCUUCCCCUGAUGUGUCUGAAGUUUCUGCUUGUUCUCUGGAGGCAGAGGAACGUUUCCUGAAAUCAGGGAAUGUGGAGAGUAAGCGUCAGAGGAAGCCAACUAAGAAGCUCUUGGAAUCCAACGAUUUGGAUGCUGUGUUUAUGCCAAAGAAGGAGGGGUGGACUCCUCCAAAGAAGUGUUUUGAUGCUGGCCCUCUGGAGAAUGACCUUUCUGAAUUUUAUUCCACACCCCAGUUUUUGGAUCUCGGAGAAGCUCCUGACAGACUCCCUGAGAAGCAGAGAAAGCGCAAGAGACAGCGAUACUCCCCAGCUAUAGCGCAGUACAAGAAAGGAAGGAGUGAAGAUGCACUGGGGGAAGCUCCCAGUUCUGAGGGAGAGAUACCUAUCCAUGGGAGUGCUGCAAGCCCCAAGGAGCUCAAUGAGGAUGGGUCUGAGAAUGACCAUGGAGUGCCUUCAUCCAAAAAGAUGCAGGGGGAGCGAGGAGGAGGAGCAGCCCUCAAGGAGAACGUGUGUCAGAUCUGUGAGAAGCCGGGGGAGUUGUUGCUGUGUGAAGCGCAGUGCUGUGGUGCUUUCCAUCUGCAGUGCCUCGGGCUCUCAGAAAUGCCGAAGGGCAAGUUUAUCUGCAAUGAGUGUUCGACAGGCGUCCACACCUGCUUUGUGUGCAAGAGCAGUGGGGAGGACGUGAGGCGGUGCUUGCUCCCCUUGUGCGGGAAGUACUACCAUGAAGAGUGUGUGCAGAAGUAUCCACCCACGGUCAUGCAGAACAAGGGCUUUCGAUGCUCACUGCACAUCUGUAUGACUUGUCAUGCUGCUAACCCAGCGAACCUGUCUGCGUCUAAAGGUCGCUUGAUGCGUUGUGUUCGGUGUCCGGUGGCAUACCACGCCAAUGAUUUCUGUCUGGCUGCUGGGACAGUGAUCCUCGCCUCCAACAGCAUCAUCUGCCCCACUCACUUCUCUCCACGGCGGGGCUGCAGAAACCAUGAGCACGUCAACGUCAGCUGGUGCUUUGUCUGCUCGGAAGGGGGCAGCCUUUUGUGCUGUGAGUCAUGCCCAGCUGCUUUUCACCGCGAGUGUCUGAACAUCGAGAUGCCUGAGGGAAGCUGGUACUGUAACGACUGCAAAGCUGGCAAGAAACCACAUUACAAGGAGGUGGUCUGGGUAAAAGUUGGGCGCUACAGGUGGUGGCCAGCUGAGAUUUGUCAUCCUAGAACUAUUCCUGUAAAUAUCCAAAAGAUGAAACAUGACAUUGGCGAGUUUCCUGUGCUGUUUUUUGGGUCCAACGAUUACCUCUGGACGCACCAGGCUCGGGUGUUUCCCUACAUGGAAGGCGAUGUGAGCAGCAAGGACAAGAUGGGCAAGGGAGUGGAUGGCAUUUAUAAGAAAGCUCUGCAGGAAGCUGCUGUGCGGUUUGAAGAGCUGAAGGCACAGAAAGAACUGAGGCAGCUGCAGGAAGACAGAAAGAAUGAUAAGAAGCCUCCUCCCUACAAACAUAUCAAGGUAAACAGACCAGUGGGCAAGGUGCAAAUCUUCACAGCAGACCUGUCUGAGAUACCACGAUGCAACUGCAAACACACAGAUGAAAACCCCUGUGGCCUGGACUCAGAGUGCAUCAAUCGCAUGCUGCUGUAUGAGUGCCAUCCCCUGGUCUGCCCAGCUGGGGAGCGUUGUCAGAACCAGUGCUUCUCCAAGAGGCAGUACCCAGAGGUAGAAAUCUUCCGCACACUGGCACGCGGCUGGGGCUUGCAAGCCAAAAGGGACAUUAAGAAGGGUGAGUUUGUUAAUGAAUACGUGGGAGAGCUGAUUGAUGAGGAGGAGUGUCGGGCACGAAUCCGCUACGCACAGGAGCAUGACAUUACCAACUUCUAUAUGCUGACUUUGGACAAGGAUCGAAUCAUUGAUGCGGGACCGAAGGGCAAUUACGCUCGAUUUAUGAACCAUUGCUGCCAGCCCAACUGUGAGACUCAGAAAUGGUCCGUGAAUGGUGAUACGCGCGUUGGGCUCUUUGCUCUUGUCAAUAUCAAAGCUGGGACUGAGCUGACUUUCAACUACAACCUGGAAUGUUUGGGGAAUGGAAAGACAGUUUGCAAAUGUGGUGCUCCGAAUUGCAGCGGGUUCCUAGGAGUGCGGCCAAAGAAUCCCCCUCACCUCACAGAGGAGAAGUCCAAGAAGUUCAAAAGACGACAGCAAGUGAAGCGCAGAUCACAGGCAGAGGUCAUGAAAGAGCGAGAGGACGAGUGCUUCAGCUGUGGAGACGGGGGACAGCUAGUGUCGUGUAAGAAGACGGGCUGCCCAAAAGUGUACCACGCAGACUGCCUCAACCUGACCAAACGGCCAGCAGGGAAGUGGGAGUGCCCUUGGCAUCAGUGUGAUGUGUGUGGCAAAGAAGCAGCUUCCUUCUGUGAGAUGUGUCCCAGCUCCUUCUGCAAGCAGCAUCGGGAGGGCAUGCUCUUUAUCUCCAAACUGGAUGGACGCUUAUCAUGCACAGAGCAUGAUCCCUGCGGACCCAACCCUCUAGAGCCCGGGGAAAUUCGUGAGUAUGUCUCUCCCACAGUCCCGCCAGCUAACCGUCAAAACGCUCAGCCCUCUGACCAUCAGCCUGCAGUCCUGGGCCUCAGGCGUCCGCCUUCUGACAGGCUGCCUCUGGCUGUGGCCCUGAGGCUGCAGCCGUCGGACAAGCCCUGCUCCGCCGUGGCCCUGAGGCUGCAGCCGUCGGACAAGCCCUGCUCCGCUGUGGCCCUGAGGCUGCAGCCGUCGGACAAGCCCUGCUCCGCUGUGGCCCUGAGGCUGCAGCCGUCGGACAAGCCCUGCUCUGCCGUGGCUCUGAGGCUGCAGCCGUCGGACAAGCCCUGCUCUGCCGUGGCCCUGAGGCUGCAGCCGUCGGACAAGCCCUGCUCUGCCGUGGCCCUGAGGCUGCAGCCGUCGGACAAGCCCUGCUCUGCUGUGGCCCUGAGGCUGCAGCCGUCGGACAAGCCCUGCUCCGCCGUGGCCCUGAGGCUGCAGUCAGAUAAACAACCCACCAUUGUAUCCCUGAGGCUUCAGCAGUCGGACAAGCCUCUUGCCACCACUGCAGGCCAGCAGCCUCCACCCUCAGAUGAGUCUCCUUCCGCUGCUGGGGCUCCGCUGCCUCCUCCCGCAGAUGAGUCUCCAACCAAGGGCCUGCAUCCUCUGCCAUCGGACGAGUCUCCCACCGCUACCCAGGCUCAGUGGCCCCAGCUAAUGGACGAGUCUCCCGCCCUUGCUAGGGUCCCACGGCCUCAGCCGUUGGGCGAGUCUCCCAUCAAGGGCCCGCAGCCCCUGCUGUCAGAUGAGGCUCCCGCCACGGGGGCCCUGCAGCGUCAGGCGUUCGACAGGCCUCCAAGGCUUUUGCUGUCUGAGAAAGCACUGCGGCCCGGGGAUCAGAAUGCUGAGCCAAAAGAGAGAGGAGCCGCAGCGGGGGAGCCGCAGCCGCAGCAGAAAGAGCGAACUUGUUUACCUGAGGAGCAGACCUCUCAGCCUGCAGGGACGGCCAUGACCCACGUGGGGCAGGCACCUUGGCCCAUGGAGAAAUUACAGACACCUGAGCCGCCGACGCAGGCUGACCGGGAAGUGGCAUCAGCACCCACAGAGCAGAGCCCUUGGACUGCAGAGAGGUUACGUACAUUUGAACCGACCCCCCGGCCUGCCAGGGAAGCACCAAUGCCCCCAGAGCAGGCUUCAUGGCUUGCCAGGAACAUUCAGACAUUUGAGCAGAUCUCUUGGCUCUCUGGAAAAGCACAGACACCCCUGGGGCAGGCCCCUUUGCCUGAGCAAAACGUAGUGCUCAUCCGCACCCAGGAUUCUCCCAGUCAGGAAUUGGCUGAAUCGAAACCGAAGUGAAGUCAGUGAAUGAGGCAGGCAGGUUGCAGUCGGUUUGUUUGGGGAGAGGGAUUUUCUUUGUUUUGUUUCUUGUUCACGUCCCUGAUCCCAGCCUCGAGCCCAGGUGCUCUCAUGACAUAAGCAAGGACGUUUACCUAAACCGGAGUGUGGCCCAGCCACGGAGAGUGAGCAUCAGCGACCUUUUUUCCUCUUCCUUUUACAAACGGUAAAGUUGAAAUAAAGAGUCCACUCCGGAUAAAAUCUCUAAUUCCAUUGAAAUGGUCAUGUUACUGAUCUAGCGCGUCUGCGUGCGAGGUCUGCAUCCAAAAGGGGUUUCCAAAACACAGCUAAAUGGCCCUGAGGAAGCAAUUUCCUUUCUCUUAACUGUUCUUAGUGAAAGCAGAACAACUAGUCUGAACUGGGAUCUCAGAUGUUUCAAAUGAUUAAAUGGUGCACAGAGUAAUUGGACAAGUGUCUUUGCUAGACUCUGAAGAGGGGAAGGGAUUUAGCACUUGUGCUGCCCCAUUCUCCUUCCCCACAGGGUUUUCCUUUGCAAGUGUUUGCCUGAGUGUGCGCAUUGAUAUGUGUCACCAGUGCAAGGCUCACCCAAAACACAGGUGCUGUUAUAAAAUGGCGGAGUCCCUUGGAGUUAGUGGAGGAGCCUGCUCCUGCCAGACUGUACAGUUCAUUCCAGCGUGGGCAAGAGAACUGCUUCUGCGCAGGCCCUGUGAUUGGGGAUGGGGGGAGAGGGUCUCUGAAGAUACCAUCUGCCAGGAUUCUCCUCUUGGGUCUUAGCUCUGUAACGUGAGAGAGGCGGAAUUUCCACGGCACAUACAAUGCUCUGAGCCCUGGAGGCAGCUGUAGCAGGGUAGCGCUUGAGUAAGGCCCCGACGGGAUGCUGAGCGCUGCCUUUGCCAGGGUAGAGCUGCUGCCCUUCUGAAUGCUCCAGGCAGUUCCUUCUUGACCUUGGUUGUUACCAUGAACUAGCAAACUAAAUAGUCUCUUCCUCCCCCAUCUCAACCACAUGCUUAGGAGUCCUGUUUGCAGAGUGUCCUGGUAGCCCUAGCAGAGUGAAUUCUGUGGAAUUCACUCCAUAGGGCAGAGUCAAGAAGCUAUUUCAGAAGGCAUGCUGUAUCCAGAAUGGAAAACCAUGUCAACACCCUUCCCCUUGGUUAGCCUCUGUAUUUCCAACCAAAAAACCCCACAGGAGACUUGAAUUACCUGGACUAUGUUGAAGUGUCUGUGUGUCAGAAAACCAGCCCCUCAAGGUAAUAGUUCUCACACUGGAACACAAUGGCUCUAGCACCUGGCUGGCCCCCCCUCCCGCCCUCUCCCACUAAAGGUAACUCUGUGCCUGGUGACUUGCCAGGCUGGUAUUCCGAGUAGACCUGAUGGAAGCAGUUACGUGACCUGACUGCUGAGGCAGAAAUACACACUGCUAUGGCACUGAUACGGUGUGCGGUAGAAUAACAGGCAGGGACGUAGGAAAUGACUACUUGUGACUUAGUGACGCUUGUGAUCUGCGAAGGAGCGGCCGGGCAGUCUGCGUCCGUGCUGCCCACGGUCAGUGCAGUGCGCUGUGCCAUCGGUAAGCGCUGUUUCAUCAACACUGUCUCCCAAGACAUUACCUGCGUGACAUGCCUGAGCUCCACUGACCUGGGCCCAUUGUUUCAGAGAGAGCACAGUAGGUCUCUCCCCAGAGGGGAGCCCUAGUUCCAUACUAGCCCCUUUCCUCUAACUUGGGCACAGGUCAGGGCUGGCGUUCAGCUCGCAUGUUCCCACUGCUCCAAGAGAGAGCAAUAAUUAGCUUUGUGGGUUUCUGUGAUAGGCAGAGAGAUCUCUGUAACAAGGCAAAUCCUGAUCCAUUCUCCUUUCCAAAGUCAGCUCCCCAAGAGUGUCCCCUCUGGGCAGUGCUGUCGUGUGUCUCCUCUCUAGUCUGAAUCACUUCAGGCCCCUCAGUGUAGCUCGUGACUUGGAAAAGCUUUAUGGCUUAUGGAAUCUUAGUGUUUAGUGUUGUUUUUCCGUGAAGACCUGCGGGUCAGUCCCUGAUCUCUGCUGAGCUGGGGGAGAUGCAAGCAGCUAUUGUUUUGCAUGACUCCUGCACAAAGGGAAUCAGGAUGUCUCCUCAGAGCCAUUGAGAGAGGAUAAACUAAGGGCAUUUUAUUAACUUUUUAAAUAAAAACAAAAUUACAAAAAAAACGGUAAUGAGGUUCAGUAUGUUAAGUAUUUAUCAUGUGUGAGAAGGAAAAUAAAUCUCUAAUUUACAUUGAUAGCCCUUCCCAUGAGCUGGACUUUGCCAUGUAGAUUGUGUGAGCAGGGUGUCCCCUGUGCCAGCCCCCCAGCCAGCGGAGCUGUAACAAGAAAAGACAUCUGCACUGCUUUGUCCAACUCUGUUUUUGCAAUGUCAUGUGUUAACUAGUUAUUUGUUUCAUGAAAAAUAAACUGUGAAUAUUUUUGGUGCAGGCUAUUUUAAAUCUUUACAAUGGAAAAGUUCUCAGUGAAUUCUCAUGAGCGCAGGUUUGAAGAAUCUUCCUUAUAAAUCAUGUGUUGAAAUAUAGGGCGAGGUUCACAGCAGCAGCAGAAUCCCUUCACUCUCAGCAGUUAUUGAGGAGCUCCUGUUUGAACAGUGAAAGUAGAUUGAGCCAUUGCAUGAUAUUUUAAGCCCCCGGCCUGCCGCCACUCAUUUGACUACACCACUGUUUCUCUUCUCUUCUCCCUCCAGACCUUUUCUGUACAGCUCCAGUUUUCCAGUCCACCCACCUUCCAGCUGACACAUGUCACAGAGCUGACUUUAGAGUAGCUGUGCACCUGCUUGGUUAAAUAUGGAUCUGUACUGGGAAAUAUCACUUAAAGGCAGUGCCUGUGUCAGCUUAGAAGUUAAUACAAAUGCCUCUCUAGGUGUAAGAGUGUUAGUGACUAGGAGAAGUGAGGAAACCAGGAAGCAGUUAUUCUGUAUCAGGUGGAAGGGGUUGUGCAGUUAGUGGGGUUUUCCUCUCUGCCCGGGGCUGAACACCCCACUCCCCGGGAGCGGAUGUGCCCCGGCCCCUCGCUAGCAAGCCGUAGGACACUGCCGAAUCGUGGCUGGCUGGCCACUUCUGUGUUAUCCCAGGCUAGAGGAGGAAGCUUUUGAUACUGAUGGGAACAUCUCUGUAAGUUAGUAUGAUGGAGAAGAAAUUAACAGCUUUAUGUCUGAAGCCUGUUGGCAACCUCAGCAUACAGGCCACGGUCUGAAACAGAAUACUCUCUUGCCUCUAGAUGUGAUCCCUGAGACAUGCUCUGCUGGAACCAAGGCUGCCUUUUUUCAGGGAGGACUAAAGUGACUUCAGCCUCAGGGUCAGACUGGCACUCUUUGUAUGCCAGGUAAAUCCACACUAAAGGAAACAAAACUGAAUUCCACUGUUUGAGAUGGUGGCAGCCAGCAGAGCCAGCCAGCUGCAUCUGCUGACUUGGAUGGCCGGAGGAGACACUUGUACUGGGGCGGUUUAAAUGCCAUUUAUUUCCUUUGCUACCUUUUAGAAUUUUCAUCAAUAAUUCAAGUCACUGGAUUCUUUAUAUAGAAAAUAGCAUUGCAAACAUGUUAGUGCUCAUGUAGGAUAGUAGCAAGAGAGAGAAACGGUCAGUUUUAAAGUAAAUUAAAUAAAGUGUGCCGGCAGUUCAUUCUGGCCUUUGCCACAGACACUGAGCUCUACUGAGAUCAAACAAUUUAAUGGAGAGAGAGAGACUCAGGGUGCGUCUACACUAGAGACAUCAGAAAGAACAAGGAGGACUUGUGGCACCUUAGAGACUAACAAAUUUAUUUGAGCAUAAGCUUUCGUGGGCUAAAACCCACUUCAUCAGAUGCAUGCAGUGGAAAAUACAGUAGGAAGAUAUAUUCCUACUGUAUUUUCCACUGCAUGCAUCCGAUAUUCCUACUCUAUUUUCCACUGCAUGCAUCCAGUGAAGUGAGCUGUAGCCCACGAAAGCUUAUGCUCAAAUAAAUUUGUGAGUCUCUAAGGUGCCACAAGGACUCCUCGGCCUUUUUGCAGAUACAGACUAACACGGCUGCCACUCUGAAACUAGAGACAUCAGUACCAGAUAGAGGGGCUGCCCCACAGGCAAGGUGGAGUCAAGUUUUGCACUUAAAGCAGAAAUUCACCCUCGUUGUUGAGGACAAACACAUUCUCCCUGCAUAGCAAAGAGGUGUCAGACAUUCUCUCCUCCUCCCCUCCCCCCGGCCCCCCAAUAGUCUCCGCUCCUCAGGUGUUACCGCAAGAGGUGGCUCCUGAGUAGAUCUAGUGCAAGGGGCGGUUUUGAGAAGAAGAGUUUUGGGUUAAGAGCCAUGUUUUCUGUCUGCUUGUAACUGAAAGUUUCCCAUUUGGCAGAGGCUGAAGAAGGUUUCAUAGAAACUCUCCAAUAAAAGCCCUCUUGCGAAAUGGCUGCAGGCUCCCAUUGUUCUCCAAGGGACUGAGGCCAUUCGCUGCCUUUAGCAAAGAUGGUCACCACCUUACUCAUCAGCUCCUCCCAGCGCUGCUGUCUGUCCCCUGCCUGCAUAGAGCCAUUGUCUCCCCUGAGGACUCACUCCCAUUGGGAACAAUGGGAAGCAGUGGUCAGCGUUGCAAAGCCUGCGACCUCAGUGCCAUUCAGAGCAGUGAGAGGGAGGUCAGUAGGCAUGCAUGCCUGUUUGGAAGGGAAGCCUUUGGUGAGCUUUUCUGUAGGACAAGAUGCUAUGCACCAGCCUCUGCUGCUGGAGAAAACACUCAGUACUACUUUGAGGUCUGGCCAUGGGGGGCACGUGUUCCAAGCACUCAGGACCACAAAUUCUUCAAUAACCAUGUCCCUUGGUCCGUGUCUGUGCUCUGCGUCUCCUCUGCUAUGAACUGAGGGCAUAUAAGUGACAGUGCGGAUCAGGUGCCUCUCCAGUUCAUUGCUACCGCUCGCAUUCUGGGACUGAGCCCUGUUGUGUUCGUUAGUCUCUUCGCCUCUGUUCAGUGUUACUGUAAACAUUAAACGUGUUUCUAAUGGUGUAUUGGUUAUGUGGCUCUUUUCACUAGUUAGCUAGGGCUUUUCAAGUAGCUGUUAGUUAGUGGUGAUCAGGAGGUUCCCCCCACCUUAUUCUCCCUAUGUCCAAGGCAUUUAUGCCCAAGGCCCCAGGUUUCAAGCACUGUGUUGCAUGCCCUCAGGUCUUCCUGUUCACCACCGCUCACAAGACCUGUCUCUACUGCCUCCAGGAGUCUAACAUCCCAUCGAACUGUGAGACCUUCUACUCCUUCCUCUCCCCCUUGUGCUAGGCCAUCCCGGCAGCUCAGACUCUGCAGGGACCUGAGAGCUCUCCAGCAGGCCUGCAGACUCGAAGAGGACGCAUGAAGAGGGUAGGGAAAGACACUCAUCAGAAGACUGACAAGUCCUCUAAUAAGUCAUCAAAGAGGAGGAUGGCUCCCCAUCCCUUGGGGCUGAGUGAGAAUCCAUGCCCCAGACCAGGUGCGCCCAGAGUUCCCAGGGAGCAAGAGCCGGCACCCGCAGUUCCAGGAGAGUCCAGCACUCUGAAACCGACUCCAAAGCGCUCUCUAUAAAUGAGGCCGUCUUGGAGCCUGCUAAAAACCUUUGGCACAAACCAGCCGCCUUCCCGGCUGUCCCAGAUAAAGGAAAGCUUGUAGUGGGUCAUCUCUGCAGGCAUCCCUGGAUGCCGUGAACAUGGCUUCCUGUUCUGUGGCUACCUCGGUCAUGAGAUGGGCAUCGUGGCUGCAGGCGUCCGAUCUCCCCAAGGAGGUUCUAGCUGCUCUAGAAGAUCUAUCCUUGGGGGCAACAACUUACUGAGUGAAAGGACGGAUGAGUCACCCAAAGACACUUGUGCCACCUCAAUUCCUCAGGAAUAUGCACCCUAGCUUCUCACAGAAAAUAUUCUAAACUACCCCAAGCUAGAGACUGCCCAGCCCCACAGCUGUGGUACCACUGGGGGUCCUAUGGGCCAUCGAGAACAUGCCAGAGGGUACAGGGCAACAGACGCACCGCUGUCCCCUCUCCAGUCUCAGACAUCUCUCAGCAAGUCUGAUCCUCGAGGAGACAAUUGAGAGCUUCACACAGACUGCUUGUCUGUCCAGUCUCCCCACCCCUUUUGAUGGACAUCUAACCUGUUUUCUUCUGAUGUGACAACAUUUAACUUCUAACAGAUGGGCCUUUGGCAUCAUCUCAGCCAGCUACACAAUCCGAUCCCUGUCCUUCUGCAAAAUCCCCAUCCUCAUCCCUAGAAGCAACAGAACUGGUACCUGCUGAAUGCCGGGGAAACGGCUUUUACUCCAGAUACUUCCUGAUCCCCAAAAGGAAGAGGGGCGGGGACCCACCCUGGUCUCCGGCAGCUGCCGUUCAGCAGUCAGGAUGAUUACCGUGGAUGCUCUAGUCCCCUCCCUGGACAAAGGCAGCUGGUUUGCAGCUCUCGAUUUAAAGGAUGCCUUUUCACGGACGUGCAGUCGGGAAAUCCCUGCGUUUCAUGGUGGGGUCAGGGCGCUUCCAGUACCAGGUCCACGCCCCUGGGGCCUUUUGGCAGCACCGGUGGCUUUUACAGAAGUCCUGUUAGUGCAGCACACCUACACUGUCACCGCUACCAUGUACGUCCCUGUCUAGGUGACUGGCGCCUCCAGGGAGGAUCCUAUCAGGCGGUACAUACAGCAUUCGCCGCCCUGCUUGACCUGUGCCCCUCCUUGGGACUUCAGGGAAACCCAGGAAAGUCCAUUUAACACCCACCGCUGCAGAAUUUAUUGGAGCAGUUCUUGACUUGCUUGCAUCCAGAGCUUACUCACCACAGGACAGAUUCCUAACAAUGAGAGACCUCAGUAUCCAACUUUUCUCAGUCAUCAGACAGCAGUCUGGUCCUCCUAGGCCAUGUGGUGACACGCACCUACACCCAUCCCCUGGCUUCCCCCUGCAGUCUCCAGGCUUGGCUGAGGAAAGUCAACAUCCCAAACAAGGACUGCUCGGACAAGAGACACCCUUCCUUCCAGCAUUCGGGUAUCUCUCACCUGUUAGGGAAAGGGAGUCAGUAUUUGCGGGGAUUCCCUUUGCUCCCACCCCACUCCCAAGGACACUUGUGACAGACGCAGCCUGACUAGACGGGGGAGCCCACCUGCAUGACUACAUAGAUUAGCGUUCCUGGACUUUGCAAGAGUUCACAUGCCACAUCAACCUGCUCAAGCUUUGUGCUGUCCACAAAGCAUGCACACAAGUCCUCCCCUUUUUCCGAGCCACCUGUCCAGGUCAGAUCAUUCUGCGGGGAGGCUGUCCAGCUGGGAGCUGGUGCGUCCAGCAGCAGCUCACCCUCUCUGCAGUGCACCUACUGGGGAGAAAAAACUCCCUAGCAGACAGCCUCAGCAGGCGUUCUCACGCAGCCCAUGAAUGGGAGCUCUCUUUGUCCGUCAUCCAACAAACCUUGUGCCAGUGGGGAUCCCCGUUUUGUGAUGACUUUGCAACCCAGGACAACAGUAAGUACCUGACUUAUUGCUUUUGCCAUACAUUUGCCUGCAGCCAUUUCUGAACCUGCUGCCACAGAAUGGGGACAGGACCAACCAUCCCAACCCAUAUCUUCAUCUGACAGCCUGUUUUUCGGAUGGACCACAGACUUAGAGAGACCCUACUCGGCGAUCCAUGCUUCUCAGUAGCAGGAAACCUUCUGUAAGGAAGUGUUACACUGCUGAGUGCAAGCAGCUCUCCAUGUGGUGUCAGAGGCACAAUUUGCCUCAGGAGGGUCUGGCGUUCCUCUUAUCCUGGACUGUCUCCUCUUCUGGAAGUCAGCCGGCCUAUCCAUCAUUUCAUUAAGGGAUUAUUGAGAGCUGUCGAUGCCUUUCAUCCUCAGUAGAGGACUGGUCAGUUCUCACCCAUCCCACAAGAGUCAAGUUCUUAAAAGGCAUUGUUAGAAUGUUCCCACCGUAUCAAGACCCCCCUCUGUCUUGGGACCUGAACUUGGUCCAUUCCCAACUCAUGAAACCACCAUUUGAACCCUGAGCCUCCACCUCAGUCCUACUCUUUGAAGGUAACUGUCCUUAAAGCUGUUGGCCAGGAGAAUGUGUGAGUUUGGGCCCAGUGGCAGACCUGCCUGAUCCUGUCAUUCACAGGGACAGAGUCCUUGAGAUUGUAUCCCAAGUUCCAUCUGACUUCCACUGUAACCAGCCACUCACCUGCCUGUGUAUUACCCAGAUUUUCACAGGAAUAGUGAGGGCGGGAGGUUGCUCUCUGGAUGCUGAAUAGCUUGGUGGUUCUGUCUGGAUAGGACAAGGUCCUGCAGGAGAUCUCCACGGCUGUGCGUCCAUAGCUGCGCGGAUGAAAGGAGAAGCAGUAUCUUCUCCAAGACACUCAGAAUGGAUUUCCAGCUGCAUCCUUCUCUGCUCUGAGAGGGUGGGAGCCCCUCUCCAGACUCUCAGGGCUCAUUCUACCAGAGCGCAAGCUGCCGCAAUGGCAUCCUGCCAAGGGACCCCUCUGAAGUGUGUCGAGCGAUGGCGCUCCAUUCGCGGUUCACUGGGCACCAAUCACUGAAUCAGGCCUCGGCUGAGCGUGCUUCCUUCAGCUAAGCCGUUCUGUGAGCUGUGUACAGAACUCUUCCUGCCCACCGCCUGCUUGGCACUCACCCACAGUGAGUAGCCAUUGGGACCAGCACUUGAUGAGGAAAAAGGGAAGUUUAUUUUCCUUAACUGGGUUCGUUCUUAUGUGUGGUCUCUGCAGACCCACCCUCCUCCUCCGGCUUCGGAUCCUCACGGGAUUCAUGGCAGAGUAGGAACUGGAGAUGCCGUCGGUCCAUGCCACCCCUUAACCUCUUGGUUCACAGCACAAGGAGACGCAGGGCAUGUGGGUGCCCCAACAGACAUCACUCUUGAAGAAUUUCCAGUCCUGGGCACGCACAGCACAUGUGCAGACAUGGUGAAUACCUGCUGGGACAUCUCGUAGCUCUCCUGUUACUAUAAGUAACUUUCCUUUAUGAAGAAUAACUGCAAAAUGAUGACGCUUAAUACUAAUCAGGUCUUUUCAAAAACUACCUGUUGCACCAAAUCUCUCCAGCUGGGAGAUCAGGGAGAAACGGUGGGGGUGGGGUAUGCACAGGGGAAUGUGGAGGGAAGGGGCAGGGGCAUAUGCACUUGAUGCAUUGUGCUGCUCUGACGAUUGAAAACAACUGCAAACGCAGCGUAAUUAUCCACCUCUGCACUGCUUCUGAAUGCCUAAAGCAGCCAGCGCACUGGUGAAUCUGGACACAAAAAUUACCAUUUUAAAAGAUGGUUAAGGCUGAUGCUACAUAUCUUCAGAUCAUUAAAAAUAUCCCUUGGUAGCUGUUUCUUUGUGAGUUUUGUUUACUGAUCACAUAUGAAAACUUUAGUAAUUAAAAAGAAAACAAAUUCCCAGAGAAAAAUGUAUGAUGGAGUUAAGGUAGAGAAUACAUAUUAGUGAAUUAGGGUAAAAAAAAUACAGGGAUGUUGUGAUUAAUUUUAAACAAGCAUCAUUAAACCCAGGGAAUUUGGAGUUAAUGUUAAACAUAAAAGAAAUACAACAUGUUAAGAUGAGACUAGGCAGGAUUGAGUUGUGGAAACAACCUUAGCUCAUUCCUGUAAAGGCGGAAAUGAAAAAUGGGCAAAAGUCAGUUCAGUCUAAUCUGAGCGCACAGGCUCUGAUGAGCAUCAGUCGUAACUGACUGGUUCUUGGCUGACAUCACUACAGGGCGGAGGCAGGGUUGUUUGGGAGCCUGAACUGUGCGUUUCAACACCUUAACGUGUUUGGAUUUCUGUUAAAUUUAGCCUUAACUCUCAAUUUACAUCUCUCGAAUGUACGUUACCCUACGUUACCGCUCUGCGUGCUCAGCCGUACGCCAUCUGAACCUAGCUGAUACCUGGGAAGGUUACAGCAGAACGUGCAGUGAUACUAAGCCACUAGUGCAGACAUCUGUUCUGAACAGCUUCUCAGACGUGGUGUCAAAGCUGCCUGAGGCUUGUCUACAAUAGGACAUAUGCUUGCUAGUACUGCACCAUUGGAAGCAUAUGCAGUGAUCCAGUUACUAACUUUUCUAAUGUAGACAGGCCUCCCUGCUCAUUGGGUUCUUGUACCCGUGGAAAAGGGACAAAUCUAGGUCAGGAGGGAGAUUGUCAACAGGUUUUCCUUCACUUUCCCGUUGGCGUCAGCGGGAGCUUUGCAUGUAGCCUGCUAGCAGGGCUCUUGGCGACCGGGCGCUAAAGUGAAAGCAGAUUCCUUCCUUUAGAGACGUCCUGAUGUGAUGUUCUUAUUGAAGUCAGCCAGCCCCCUCUGCCAUCUUGGCAGCAGAGUGAUAUGCUGCACCAUGGGCUAGAGGAGUGGCUGUGGUGGGCGGGCCCGGCAGAACUCAAUCUACCUCUUGGGGAAAUCUCUACAAAUUAAUAGUGCUGUGUCCUGUUGCUAGGGAAAGUUGUAAUCUUAAAUUUGCCCUUGGCUAAGUACUUGGGCUCUCAUGGUGCUAUUGUACAGAGUUUGGCUGUUCAGAACAGUAGGGCUCAAUUCACGUCCCCCAGCCCUACGCCGGGAGUUCCUUUGCAAGCUGAAUCCUUUCCUUCUCUGGUAGCUGGGCUGGGCCUUCGGUUAGAGUCACUGAAACAGACAGGACAGGGCUCACAGGAACACCCUGAUUGUUUUGAUAUUACCCAGAUUUGAGAUGCCUUCAAACCAGACCGAGCUGCCGGCGAGUCUCUGGGUUUUGUAAAGAAGGACCUGUGCGUGCGCUGGGACGUGAAUGUUCUUCUGGGUUGGCGUAGGGACUGAGCUGGCUUCAGGUUUAUGAUGUUUCAGAACUGUUGACCUAGAGGAACUGGAUUUUGGACCUUUAUGCUGGGAACCUGUAAAGCAAACUGAACAGUCAGCAUGCUCUGUUGGUGUCUGCAGGGAGGAUAAAGGAUUGGAAUGAAAUCAGUUAAGCUGCUUGCAGACCUAUAUGAUACAGGAGUUUGAGAACCAAUCAGUCAUACACAGGAGAACGGAAGUAAAGCGUUAGCAAGAUCACUGCCUUGAGAUGGGCAGGGGCUAAUGGUGCUGGAAGUUCUGUAUUUUCUAACAAGCAGUUUGUGUGUUAGCAAGUGAGAGAUGCUCCAAGCUUUGGUCAGAGCAGCUUGACAGCAGAGGCCUGGCCUUGCUUUCACUUGGCACGCUGCCCCCUACCCCCAGGUCUGCCUUUGUUAGGCCAGUGGGAGCCUGGUGUAAAGUGCACACGGCUUAGAAAAGCUCCUACCGUUGUCCCCUUGGCUAGCCCCCAUGGCAUGGCAGAACUGGGGCUGGAAAGUUGUGCUCAGCCUCAGGGUUGGCCCUUUCCCGUUGCACUGGUUCUCCCUAACACUGCACUAGGCUUGUAGAAGUCCAGUAGUUCCUUCCGCGCCCCCCAGCCUGCAGCGCGAUCCUCAGGACUGAGCAGGGGAAUUCUCUUCCCCACAGUUCAGCAUCUGGAUCGAGACGUGCCCCUGCGGGGCCCUUCUCUGCCGUGGCCAAGGGAGGGGCCCCUCCUUACCCUGAGGAAUAAAUGAUGAAACAUGAGGGAUCGAUCAGGUUUGUAUGAAGUUGCUUAAAAGCACGGGGGAGAAAAAUUUGUAAAAAGCAAAGCGCCCCUUCCCCCGCGUGGGGCACCGCCAGCGCUCCGUGCUUAACCUACCCUCCUCUUCCUUCAGCUGAAGCUCCAGCUGGGACUGUGAUAUUCCGGCCCCUGGGCCAGGAACUAGGAGGUUAGGACUAACACCGCAGGGUCACGCAGCAGAGAAGAGGGCUGUAGAGGCAAAUUGCUUCAGUGUGAUUACGCUAACAAGCUGAAUGAAGAAUACGCAUGAUAGCGUUCCUACCCCAAGUCUGUCAUAUCAGGCCGCACGCACGCUGCCCUGGGGCUGGUGAGAUGGACACCGGGCAGGGCCCAUGCCGUAGCAAAACCUCCACUGAAGUAACUGGGAAUAGUGCCUGAGUAACAACUGCAGGAAGGGGUUGCCAAGUGUCACUGUGCCCUGCCAUGACUCUGCCGGUGCUUUAUUUGUAUGUGUGUGCAGGGAGCAGUGGAUGGUGGAUGAACACAGCACAUGGGAGUUUGUGAAAGAUUGUCUAAUGUAAUGGUGUUACACAGAACUCACCUGCCACACGUCCUGUACAAAGAACAUGAGAUUGAGUGAGAGAGGCUUAUAUAUUUACAGUAUAUAUCUAUUAUUUUUAGAAGAGGGAGAAGGGGAGAGUCUUGGACCAUUGAUUAAUUUCACUUUGCUCCCCUUAGACUGUUGGCUGUGUAUGUGAAACUUAUGAUAAUGAAAAGAGGGUUGGCCUUCUCCAGGUGCUCCCAGAUUAUGUACUGUAAUUCUUUGUAUAUAGAAGAAAACAAUUACUGUAAAGUAAAGUUUAACUUUACUCUUGAA